UCUAACCGAAAGGCUGAAAGGUUUCACAGCUCAUACCGCGAGCACCGGGAGAAUGUCAAAUUCCAUACACAGUGCGAUAAUAAUCGCGAUUGUAAUCGCCUUACAGAUAAGAGGCAGCAUCCAGGAAGCCGUUUCCGAAAGUGACAAACUACUGGAAAGUAACCUAGUAGAUGGCUGUGAUGCGGAAGUGUUCGAUCCCUCGAAAACAUACGCUAACCAUUUGCCUAGGUUUUGUGGGGUCACCGAAAAUUAUCUCACCUGGCAUGCCGCUUUGCAAUACAAGGGAUUAGCGAAAGAUAGUCCUCUAUUAAAUUGCUCUGGGACGUUGAUUAGCAAACGUUACGUUCUUACCGCCGCCCAUUGUGCCAGCAGUGAUAUGCCACCGUACAAAGUUCGAUUGGGUAUGCCAACGAUUAGAGAAAACAGAAAUUGGCGCUACAUCGGAAUCGAGUGUUGGAAUCGAAAGGAAUCAUCUUGGAUGCGAACCAGUUUUGCAUGGAAGAAAGGGCUUUUGCAAGUGAUCCAUGCCGAACGCCUCCGGGCGCAAUCAUAGGCUAUUACUCUUUCAUUCUUUUCGACCCCAAAAAAAUAGAACAAUUUCCUUUCGUGCAGAUGGCAUUCGUUUCGUUCGAGAUGGGCUGCGGAAAUGUGUAUUCAGUUUUCACCAAUGUUUCCAGUCAUAUGGAUUGGAUAACGGCUAACAUAAAUUUUGAUGUGUGUGUGUGUGCGUGUAUAGAUGGAACGUUAUGAUAUAGCAACAAAAAAUAAACUUUUUAGAUGGCGACAAGCACUGAUUUAUUAUUUUGCUUGUAAGAAAUUAUGUGUUUUAGUGGUGAAUAUGUACAUGUCCCGCGAAACCAAUAUUAUAAUAGUAAACACAGAGGUCUGUUAUGUGUGCUCAUAUAGAGAACGGUAUGUUUUUAUGCAGUUCAUAGAUUUAUUGCACUUUUAUUCGACUCAUACCGGGGUUGAGGGGGUAUUCUAGUGUAGAGACACGA